AUGGCGGGAGAUACCGCCUCCGCCUCGUCGUCCUCCUCCCACCCUCCCGCUUUCCCGGCCACGCGCCAGGAAAUCCAGGCGGCCAUCGCCAAGGCCACGGAGCUGCGCGCGCUCCACGCCGCGCUGCUCCAGGGCGCCGGCCCGCCGCCUGGCGCCAAUGCCGGAGGAGCUUAUGCUUCUUACGCCGGCGCCGGAGCCGGGGGCAGCUGGAGCCCCGCCGUCAUCCGUGUGCCGCCUGCCGCGUCGCCGGCGCUCCCGAGGGUUGCUGCUGUCGCCGAGGACUACCCCGUCUUUACCCCGGCUUAUGGUGAAGAGCCCUUGGGUGGACUGAACUACAUUCGCCAAGACAACCGGAGCCUAUCUGAGAACUGGAGCGGGAUUGGUUUAGAACAUGAAGGUCAGGAAGAUGAGGUGGCCUUCUCGGAUGUCGACAAUCUCAACACAUUCUCUUCAUCAAACAGCGAGCUCCACUUCUCUUCAUCAAACGAACAUAUGCGCAACAGAAACACGCGCAGAAACCAUCGUUCCUUCCUUCAUCCUGCUCUCUCUGCCGAUAGUUUCCUCAAUUCGGAUAGCAGGAGAACAGAUUUGGCAGAAUCGAAGACUGUGAUGACAUGCAACACCUGCAAGCCUGCAACAAUCAGUAGGGGUCCUGAAAGUGAAAAUGAUACCAAUUCUCUGAAGAACUUCAGUGGAGCGCCGCUGUCGAACUACCACCCCUCCAUCAGCUCACGUACAAAGCAAAAAGGGGGACACGUGUUAUCAUGGCUCUUACCCAAGUCAAAGAGGAAACCAAAAUCAGACAUGUCACCGAACACCAACGAGGGUGAGAACAUGUCUCAGCUUCUCAAGGAGUGGGGUGUGUUUUCACUAGAAUCUCUGAAGAAGGAGCUUGCUGAGGCCAAUGAGCAUAGGGACGCUGCUCUUCAAGAAGUUGGAGAGAUGAGAUCAUCACUGGGAGAACUAACUAGCAAGCUGCUGAGCUUGGAAGCGUAUUCGUCAGAACUGAAAAAGGCUCUAAAGAAAGCAACAAGCACAAAAACCGUGCAAUCUCACUCAAAGAGAUCAGCCAGAUCAGUGGUUGUAGACGACUCAUUGCCCGUCAGCCACGAAGUAAUGGUGGAAGGGUUCUUGCAGGUAGUGUCGGAGGCCCGUCUUUCCAUCAAACAGUUCUGCAAGGUACUACUCCAGCAAGUCGAAGAUGCUGACAAUGGGCUAUCAGAUAAGCUGAAUAUACUCCUGCAACCAUAUCAGCUCACGCUCGCUGAAAAACACUCGAAAGUGAUACUCUAUCAUCUCGAAGCCCUCAUGAACCAAGCGAUGUAUCAAGACUUCGAGAACUGCACGUUCCAGAAGAACGGUUCACCCAGGUGUCUCGACCCGAAGCAGGACCUCCAGGACAACUUUGCCUCGUUCGUCGCACUCCGCAACCUGAGCUGGAACGAGGUGCUGAAGAAGGGCACCAAGUACUACUGCGAGGACUUCAGCCGUUUCUGCGACCAGAAGAUGAGCUGCAUCGUGUCCACGCUGAGCUGGUCGUGGCCAUGGGCCGAGCAGUUGCUGCAGUGCUUCUUCGUGGCCGCGAAAUGCAUCUGGCUGCUCCACCUCCUGGCCUUCUCCUUCAACCCGCCACUGACGAUACUGCGGGUCGAGGAGAACCGGGUGUUCGACCCUAUGUACAUGGAGGAGAUCCAGGUUGAGAGGCAGAGACCGCAGCGAAGCCCAUCUCAGGUAAAGGCCAUGGCAAUGCCUGGGUUCUACGUCCAGGACCGGGUGCUCAAAUGCAGGGUGAUCUGCAGAUACAACUAAGACCCGUAGGUUAAUGCUGAGCUGACAUGCCUCUUAAUUUUGUUUUGCCUGGUUUUUUUUAGUAUUAGCAUGAUGUAGCAUUUUGCUCUUCGGUUGCAGAAUGUACAGGAGUGUUAGAAUGUUGCUUCACUUGCGUGCCAAUAGAUCUACUUCUGUAAGAAAUAUGUAUGCAGAAUCUGGAUGGGUAGGUUCCUCAAUAGUUCUG